AUGCUUUUCUCACCGGCCCGCUGUCUCAUCAUUCUACUCCUCUUCAACUCAACCGAUGCAGGACGGAUUCUGAGGAAGAUCAAGGAGCGUGUGCGUAAUCUCCAGCUGCAGGAAGCCAAGCAGCAACUCCAGACGAUCAGUAGUCGUCAGCCUCUCCAACAUGUGAAGGAGGGCAGGAUUCACCAGCAGCUGGACCACUUCAACCGACAAGACGUCAGCACCUUCCCUCAGAGGUUCUUUGUGAACGAGGCGCACUGGCAGCGUCCUGAUGGUCCAGUGUUCCUCUUCAUCGGAGGAGAAGGGCCCAUCUUUGAGUUUGACGUUCUGGCAGGUCACCAUGUUGACAUGGCUGAAGAGCACGGGGCUCUGCUAUUGGCUCUGGAGCAUCGUUUCUAUGGCGACAGCAUCAACCCUGACGGCCUGAAAACGGAGAACCUGGCAGACCUGAGCAGCCAGCAGGCACUCACUGACUUGGCUGUAUUCCACCAGUACAUCAGCCAAAGCUUCAAUCUGAGCCACAGGAACACCUGGAUCAGCUUCGGAGGCUCGUACUCAGGAGCUCUGUCCGCCUGGUUCAGAGGAAAGUUUCCCAACCUGGUGUACGGAGCUGUGGCCUCCUCCGCUCCUGUCAGGGCCGAGUUGGACUUCUCGGCCUACAGCAAUAUUGUUGGCUUGAGUCUCACGAACGAAGCAGUCGGUGGCUCAGAAAAGUGUCUGGCUGGUGUGCAGGAAGCCUUUGCUGCUGUGGAAGCACUGAUGGGUGGGAAUACUAGCCAGGUGGCCGAGGACUUUGGCUGCUGUCAGAUCCCCAAAGAUCUCGAUGAUCAGAUUGAGCUGAUGCAAAACCUGGCCGACAUCGUCAUGGGAACGGUGCAGUACAAUGAAGAAGGGGUGCUCAUGUCUAUUAGUGAGCUCUGUGGUUUGAUGACCAAUAAGAGCGAGGCGUAUGAGGAGGAGAUGGAGGCUUACAACCGCCUUGUUAAACUUGCACAGAUUUACCAUUCAACCAGUGAGGAACCGUGUCUGGAUGUCUCCCACGAGAAAACAGUGAAGGAUCUGAUGGACACGUCCCUCCACUCAGGCAGGAGGAGAGCCGCGAGACAGUGGACCUACCAGACCUGCACCGAGUUUGGCUUCUACCAAACCUGCGAGGAUGCAACUUGUCCGUUCUCUGGGAUGGUGACCCUGCGGAGCCAGACUGAACUCUGUCCUAUGGUGUUUGGCAUUUCCCAGCAUUCCCUGCCUGGACGCAUCGCCUUCACCAACACUUACUAUGGAGGAGACAAGCCACACACACACAGGGUGCUCUAUGUCAAUGGUGGAGUUGACCCAUGGAAGGAGUUGUCGGUGGUUCAGGACAGGAGUACUGAGGACGGAGAAGAAGCCCAGAUCGUUUUCAUUAAGGACACGGCUCACUGUGCUGAUAUGAUGAGUAGAAGAGUCACAGACCGACGCUCGCUAAAGAAAGCCAGAGAGGAGAUUGAGAGACAUGUGUCCAGUUGGCUGAAGAUGGCCACCCAGCAGAAGAUGGUCUGA